ACAGUGUGCAGGGUUCAGAGGGGCGCUAUGUACAGUGUGUAGGGUUCAGGGGUGCGCUAUGUACAGUGUGCAGAGUUCAGGGGUGCGCUAUGUACAGUGUGCAGGGUUCAGGGGUGCGCUAUGUACAGUGUGUAGGGUUCAGGGGGGCGCUAUGUACAGUUGUGCAGAGUUCAGGGGUGUGCUAUGUACAGUGUGCAGGGUUCAGGGGUGUGCUAUGUACAGUGUGCAGGGUUCAGGGGUGCGCUGUGUACAGUGUGUAGGGUUCAGGGGGGCGCUAUGUACAGUGUGCAGAGUUCAGGGGUGCGCUAUGUACAGUGUGUAGGGUUCAGGGGUGCGCUAUGUACAGUGUGCAGGGUUCAGGGGUGCGCUAUGUACAGUGUGCAGAGUUCAGGGGUGCGCUAUGUACAGUGUGCAGAGUUCAGGGGUGCGCUAUGUACAGUGUGCAGGGUUCAGGGGUGCGCUAUGUACAGUGUGCAGGGUUCAGGGGUGUGCUAUGUACAGUGUGCAGGGUUCAGGGGUGCGCUAUGUACAGUGUGCAGAGUUCAGGGGUGCGCUAUGUACAGUGUG